UACUGUUACCUGUUUGAUGGGAUAAUAACUCCCCUCCACCCUCCCGGUUGUAUCUCUCCAGGCCUGUCCCUGGCCCCCCAGCUCUGGGCCACCCGCCCCAUGGCCACCCUGAACCAGAUGCACCGCCGGGGGCUUCCGAAGCGGCCGCCUCCAACCCUGGGUCCCACGGCAGGCCGGCCACAGCUAAAGGGCGUGGUUCUGCGCACGUUCAUCCGCAAACCCAAGAAGCCCAACUCAGCCAACCGCAAGUGCUGCCGUGUGCGGCUCAGCACAGGCCGCGAGGCCGUCUGCUUUAUCCCCGGAGAGGGCCACAGCCUGCAGGAGCACCAUAUUGUGCUUGUGCAGGGCGGCCGCACCCAGGACCUGCCCGGCGUCAAGCUCAAGGUUGUGCGUGGCAAGUACGACUGUGGCCAUGUGCAGAAGAAGAAGUGAUCUUCAGGGGCACAGCGUGCUGGGGGUUCACAUGGAACAAGGACCUUCCACUCUGGGUUCCUGCAGUAUCCUUGGGAAGCUAGGCCAGCUCUAGAAGUUGCUGGUCCUGGUUCAAAUCCUGGUUCCGCCUCUUCCAUCAGGACCACCAAUAGCCCA